AUGCGCGAUGUGCCCUUCUCCGGUGAUGCGGCGAUGUCUUCUGCUCAGGCCACACCAUGGUGGGGCCGAUCCGGAUACGCCGGUUGGGGUGCCAGCCCAACCCCUGCUGCUCCGUCAGCGGAGGGGCCCUUUCGCGGCGACAGCGAGGGGAUCCGGCCAAUCUUGAGCCCCAUGGCUUCCAACAUGGCCAUGGCCCCUUCCUUCAUGCAGGCGCGGGUACCACCUCCACCGCCGCCACCACCUGGCCAUGAAGGCUUAUUCGACUUGCCGUUCGGGGCACCACCCUCCAGCCUGCAUGCAAGCCACCCGGACCUGCUUCCCAUGGAGCUGCUGGGCAGAGAGCUGAAGGAAGUGGUCCUCCCGGACCCCAAGAAGAAGAAAAAGAAGAAGGAGUCAAAGGAUCGAGAAAAGGUCGCCGAUGGUGGGAGUAAAGAGGUUCGGGACGAGAUCUCUGCAGAAAUCGAUGUGGCGGUCAGCAAGCCCGGAUCUAUCCUCCAGAAGGCCGACUUCGACUCUGGCGUUCGGAGAUAUCUCGGAGCACUGCGUGGCUGCCAGAACGGCAAGCAGAAGGUGAAGGAUGCUAUGGCCAUGCUUCACCAUUAUACUGCCCAGAAGAUGAGAUCUGCGGUGAAGAACUGGCCAGCCUACCUGCUAACGCUGCUGAAGCGAUUCGAGCCGGGCCUCCUCAGCAAGGGCCUGGGUAAAGGAGACCGAAAAGGGGAGGACGGCAGGAGGCCACCAUCCGCUGCAGAGGCUGCGGCGUUUGGACUGCCAGGUGCAUCUGACAGAGGGCCACUAGCAUUCGGGAAGCCCCUCAUGAAGCUUUCGGAGGCAGGGGUGGGCAUGGGCGGCGGGGAGCAAAGCAGCAUGAUUUAG